GCUUAUUCGCGCUUCUUAGUAAUAACUAUAUUCACUCAGUUAAAUUAAAAAAGGAAAAAAAAAAGGCAAGAAGAGUACGGAGGUACAUCCAUGUUGUUCUCGUACAAUCGAAAGGGCUUAAGUACCUGGGAUCCUAAUCCAGACCUCGAAUUCCAAUACUUGGAAGAAUAUGCUCUUAACCCUGAUGCGCGUCAGGAUCUCCUUAAGUCCUGCACAGCCGGGACAAAAGAAUAUCAUCUUAUGAAACUUCGUCUCAUUUCUCAAGAGCUCCAGCAAACAUUGCCUGAAGAGAUCACGACUGCCAUGAUCGAAGAGGCCCGAACGGUAUUACACAAUGCAGAAGCGAGCUUUGGGGAUCAAAACAGGGAGAUCAUGGAACAGUUCCGAGCACAAUUCGCGAUUUUGGGCUAUGAAGUGGAUCGAGAGUCAUUGAUGAAACAAGUGGAGCUCGGUCCAGUCUCGGUAACUCGACUAAACAUCGACAACGCCACCAACAGCCUCUUGCCUGAGGCGACGGUAGACUUGCUAGAGCAAUGGCUUGAAAGCAGUAUUUUAGCACAAGUACCCACCAAGCUGCAUGAUGAAUUGAUUGAGACCAACUAUCUCAUUAGUUCAUUAAUACAGAAGUUGAUCCAAAAAAAUGUUCCAACUGACAUCCCUGCUGUUGUAUGGAAGCAUCUAUUGGAACAACCGCAGAUGUCAGACCUUUUGUUGCGUACAACCACGCCUAGCGAGCUAUUAUCCCUAUUCAAAAAGAUGAAUAUACCUCUUUCCUCAAACAACGUGGUGGUACAGUCAAAACCUGGCGAGCAACAAGGAAUCAGUGGACAGGGUAAUGCGGCAGCCAUGAGUGAGAUCGAUACCAUCGAUAUCUUGAUUGCUAAAGUGGUUAUUAGGCUUCACGGUGCGAAUAUGCUGUCCUUCAGGGACGAUAUCAAGCAGCUAAAGCAUUUGACGGUUAAACAAUUAAAAUAUAUCCAGCACAAUGUAUCAGGGAGCAUGCAAGAUGAAGGGUUUGUAGGUUUACUGGAGAAGCGGAUCGUACCAGACAUUUUUUCAGAGCCACUAUCACCACUGUCGCCACCGCAGCAGGGGCAGCGGGAUCCGAGCAAGACAAUCCUUGGUGAAUGGCUGAUCCGUAUGCUUUCGUUCGUGGACCAAUUGCCAUCAAAGUUCAAUCGUCACAAGCUUGCGGUUUAUUUGAUGAGCUUGGAGUAUGACUUAGCCAACGGUGUUAUGGAUAAGACCAAGUUCCUGAAGUUUAUUGCCAUUCCUCGAUACCAUCGCUUCUAUAACAGGAGUCAGCUCGCUACCUACGGAGGCCCUAAUUAUAUUGUGGGCUUUGCUACCCCCAACGCCGACCGUCCUUUGGAGUAUUGGUCCUCGAGAGUCCGAGUCGCUACGCAAGUACGCGACGAGAAUAUUGUUGUGGAAUACCUCACAUAUUUCCUACGACUUAAGGAACCCGUGUCUACAUUUGAGCCUUACUUCGAUCUCCACUCCUUCCUUCAUCCACUUCUCGCCCGUGUGAUGUUAACAUCCCCAACGGAGAAGCACACGCCAUCAGACAUUGAGAAAUGGUCUUCGUUGCUUCCUCUUUCCGACGGAGGGUUGUUAAAGCUGACAGAGGAAACAAUUAUCAAGUUUACGCAUGAUAAUCCCCAGACAUUCAUGCCCUCCGAUCCUGUGGUCCUCAAACUGAAGAUCAAGAAUGCAAACCGGAUCCUCGUCCGUGUAUUUGAAAUCCAGACUCUUGAUUACUUACAGCAGUACCCCAAAGAUGGUCCUUUGGGACUCGAUCUGGAUUUGGAUGGACUAACUCCUAACUGGGAGCACCAAUUGACAGUGGAGCAUCCGGCAUUGGAGAUUCACGAUUUGCUAGUAACGUUACCAGAGUUAGCGGAUUGUAGGGGCUCAUUUGUAGUGGAUGUGGUCUGUAACGGCGAAAACAGUAGCGCGUAUUUCACCAAGGGCUACCUCGAUUUUGUAGAAAGGCAGACUGUGGCAGGUCAUUUGCUUACUAUAAUCGACGAAAAGAAACAAAAAAUCACUGAGAACGUUGGAGUUUGGUUCAACAGCCACUACUAUAAGACAAAUCGCGACGGCGAUAUUACCAUUCCUUAUCGCAAGUCGUCUUCAAAUUCUCAGGAAAGCCUUUUCAUCACACAUAACGGCUUUACAAGCCGCCGUAGCUUCCGGCACCGCCUCGAAUCAUAUGAGGUGUUGAUAUCAUCCUAUAUUGAUCACGAGUCGCUGCUAGCAGACAUGGAUGUGAAGGUGUUGCUCAAGGGCACCUUACGCCUUGUUGACGCAGAUGUAACCUGCCCUGUGGAUCUACUAGAGCAAGUUGUUCUGGAAGUAACAUCCUAUAGCAAUGAUGGCUCCGAGACCAUGAUCUCUGUCCAAGAUUUCAAGCUGCAUGACCUGGACUGGACAGAGUACAUCUACCAGGUCCCAGAGGAUUUGGUUCGUGUUAGAUUUUUGCUUAGAGCGAAAAUCAAAUCGUUGUCAACAGGCACGCUUCAAGAGCUUUCUGACACUUCGGAGUUUUAUUUUAAAAAAAGCAGCGCCGAUGAGAUGGUUACGCUGCAUGCGGCAUCUCAAAGGAAUAAAGUUCAAGUGCAUGGGGAAAUCAUUACUGUUCUCCGGGCUAUUCCUGUCAUAGGUCAGGUUCAUCCUGAAUAUCAGAUCCUCGUCAUGGGUAAAAACGGUGAAAGAAGACCAGGCGUGCCUCUCAAGAUCAAUAUAGAGCAUUUAGUUUCACUGGACACAAUUGAAAUUGACCUCCUAUCGGAUGCGGAUGGUAUUGUCCAUUUAGGCUCGCUUUUGGGGAUUAUAAAGCUAUCCUGUAUACCUGGUCAUUCUACUUGGGAAUUUGCGGUUAAAAAACAACAAAGAUAUCCUGAAGUCAUUCAUGGCUCCGCAGACGCGCCUAUUCACUUGCCUUUUAGCUUCCAGAACCACCUCGAGACUCGAGCAGUGGUAUUGUUUAGAUGUGCGUCUGACCUUGGAAGUGAUAGCUGUUGUAUUGAAGACGCCACUGAGAAUAUUAGAUUGGAAGAAGAUUUACUCAUAAUUGGGCACUUGGAUCCAGGCUGUUAUAAUUUACACUUGGAUGAUGAAACGCUUAUACAUCUCCUCAUUUCGAGCCCGAGGAACGCAUCUUUAAUACAAAGCGACGCUAUCAAAGGUUUGGAAGGCUUUCAUCUCCGCACAAAUCCUAUGCUCGAAAUUCGGAACAGUAUGAGGCAUCCGCUCUAUAUCUCUUCAGUUACGGAUGAUCUGGUACAACAGAAGAUCCAUAUUCAACUCCAGAAUUGGACACCUGCGACACGAGUCUGUGUUGUAUCCUCAAAGUUCAAGCCAUACAGGUCUAUGCUUGAUGAUAUGGCGCCAUUCAAGGAUGGGAGGCCUUGGUUUAAAAAGCAGACUAACCAGCAAACAACAUUAUUUAAGGAAGGAAGAGUCCUAGGGGAAGAAUAUCAAUAUAUUCUGAAUCGCAGAGCCCAAUCAAAGCAUUGGGCUGGUAACCUGUUGACAAAGCCCAGUGUCCUACUUAAUCCACGGAGCAUAGGAGGAACCAGUGUGUCUCGGCAAGAGAUGACAAGACAUAACCCUAAUAACGCUUCAUCGCGUUCUAAUACCUUUAGGGGCCCCGGUGGGGAUAGGACUAUGGUUUCAAGUAAUCCAGGCUAUGAUCUUGGACGUGGUGGCGCUAUGCGUCAUCGCAAGAUUCUACCACCUGGUGCGCCUCCCUUAUUCACCUUUAUAGCCAACCCUAGCGUGAUAUUUGCAAAUAUGCUUCCAAGCCAAAGUGGAGUAUUGGAGUUGAACCAUGCAGAUCUGAAAGAGGGCAAUUAUUUGCAAAUCUUCGCUAUAGAUGGUUCACAGGCAAUCCAACGCUGCUUUACGGCGUCCAAUCGCGGUUUAAGGGUGUUUGGAGAGCCUAUUGAAUGGGAAUACCAAAAACGCGACUUGAGGUUUAAGAGCCCAUUAAGCUAUGAUAAGCACUAUACCGGUGAAAAAACUGGGGCAAUCUUGGAUCCUAGAGCCCGUAUGCAUCAAUCUCUAUCAAGCGAUGAACGCGCUGCUUUGGAAGCUAAACCGCAUACAAUAACGCUUACCUCAACUGGAAGUUCAGCCUCUGCAGUUCAAGUCAUAAACUCUGUGAGUCAGGUGUACGAUUUAAUGAUGACGCUGCUAGAGGGCGAAGCACACAAGCAGAAUCUACGCAAGUUUAGGUUCAUUGUGGACUGGCAUAAAUUUUCCCUCAUAACCAAGAACGAAAUGUUCUCGAAAUGGAAUUGCCAUGAGCUCAACUUGUUUCUUUAUAGGAAGGACCGGCCUUAUUUCGAUGCAGUCGUGAAGCCGUUCGUCAAGAACAAAUUGGUCAAAUCGUUCAUGGAUAACUACUUGAUUGGCGCAUCUUUGGAGAAGUACACAACUCUAAAUGAAUUCAGUUUGUUGACUUGCAUGGAAAAAUGUCUUCUCGCACAACGAAUUCCAAGCUUGCGAGCUUCUGUUGCCCAGUGGAUAAAAAGCAGAGUCCAUAAAGCUAAGAUUUCCACCAAUUCCAAAUUAUUCAAGGCCGUCAUGAAAUCAGGCGCCUUAAAAGAUGUCACUGACGAUGGAAUAACCCCUUCUUCUCCAUCCACAACCCCUGGAAACAUUGGAAGUCAGACGGGAUCGGAAGGGCGAAAAAGUGACAAUGAUGAUUUCGAAAUGGUUGACAAGCCUUUGAUUGGUGCUAUACAGUUAAGCGAUCCAGCUCUAGCCAUGCAGAGCACCUUUGGAGGAACUUCACUGUUCGGGACCGGAGCCUCUGGAGCUCCACCCGCUGCUGAGGGGCUCGAGUCAAAUGCUUCUAGAACAGCUUUUGGCUCCAGCAGCUAUGCGGCGCCUCGGAGCGCAGCGCCAGCGACCGAUAUGCCUGGACAGCCUACUCCUACAUUUGGAGCAGCACCCUCAAGCUUGUUUGGAUCUCCCGGAGGAGCGGCAACAUCAAGUGCUUUAUUUGGAACAGCUACAGCAAAGGCAGCGCCUGGAGGCUUAUUUGGGUCUUCUUCGGCACCGUCAGCAACGGGCGGGUUAUUCGGAUCAUCUGUGGUGCCGGCAACAACUACUGGUUUGUUUGGGUCGUCUGGAACGCCAACGACACCUGCUGCAAACAUGUUUGGUCAAUUUAUGCCUAGCACCACGCCGUCAGGAACAUUUGGGAGCACAGUGGCAGCUACAAACGUGCCUAAUCAGCCUGCACCUGCGCCUGCUGAAGGGAUGUCUAUAUCAUUUGGGGAAGUGGCAUCAGGGUCCUUUGGAGGAGCUUCAGUGUCAACUCCAACACAACAAGGCUUACUGCCAGCACAGCGACAAUGGCAACAGCAACGGCAGCUGCAAUUGCAACAAUUAGCACUGCAGCAGCAAGCGCAACAGGUGCAACAACAGGUGCAACAACAGGUGCAACAACAGCCAACGCAGCAAGCACAGCAGCUGCAAUUGCAACAAUUAGCACUGCGGCAGCAACUGCAGCGGCAAGCGCAACAGAUGCAGCAACAGAUGCAACAACAGGUGCAACAGCAAGUGCAACAGCAGCAGCAGCUACCGCCGUCAAACCAUCACGAGGCGCGGCGGUUAGCAGCCCAAAUCCUACAGCAGCAGUACAAGCCUAUCGAUUUUACAAAAGAGAUGAUUGAGACAUUUUACUGGGGCAGGCAGGAUCAGACUAUUGAACACAGCCGUGGGGAUGUCAAUGCCUUCUGGUUAGAUUAUAUGGAGUACGAUGAAUCUAAGCGAGGAUCAUUUUUGUCAGAGAACUUCGUAGCAAAUGCUGGAACGUUCACGACCGUUAUGGCAACUAUCGCGCUGCUCGAUCUGAUGUUUAAUCCUAAAGAGGCAACCAUCAGGCGCUCUAUCGAUGGCAAUCUACUUGCUUCGUCGCUUUCUCCCGCAAUGGUGUUUCACUCUUCGACUAAGGAACACACCGAGGCACCGGCUAUUGGAUCAGUUCUGAUUAUGCAGCAAUACUUUGCACAACUAGACCGGACGGAGUACAACGCCAAGUUGAUGGCUGACGUACGCAAAUACAUUCGGCCAGGAACUACGUUCAACUCUUUAGAGACUUAUGGAGCACAUGUGGUUUUGAUAAAUGCGACCCCGAAUCCUAUGAAAGUUCAUUUGGAGGUACAACUCCCACAGGGCACAAUCCCAGUCUAUGACCCUCUCGAAGCCUCCCAGGAUGUCGAUUUAAGUGCGCAUGGAACCUUUCAAUACGAAUAUCGCUUUUAUUUCCCAGAAGAAGGCGAUUUUUCACAUUACCCAGCUCAUGUCUCCGACUAUGAAAAUAUCGUCGCAUUCGCAAACCCAGCAACCCUCAAAGUCCGAAAACUGGGAUCUAGCCGUGACCAUGAUGUAGCUGAAAUCAAUUCUUGGUCUUACAUACUCUCCUGCGGGACACAAGGAGAUAUUCUUCAGAAGCUAAGGUCUGAUCCAUUGGAUGGCAUGAAUGUAGAACUCUUGAUCCCCAGAUUAUACUGUGAUAUUGCUUUUUUCAAAGCCGUCACCAAAGUUCUCCGAGAUCGAUACGAAUACAUCGACCAAGUCUGGAGCGUAAGUAUGGUGCUGCAUGCUACACAAGAGGACGACAGAAAAGAGUUGCGGAAAAUAGCAAGUGAAUACAUCGGAAAAAAGCAGAUAGCUCGGUUGGUUGGAGACUGGUUUACGUCAGGGCUUGUGGUUCGUAGGCCUCAGGAUCGAUGCCAACCACCUUCCUUAUACAAGGAGGCAUUUCAGUACGUCGAGUACUUUCCUCUUAUUAACGCACGUGCUCACAAGGCUACCAAGCACGUAAGGGUCUUGAAUACCAAGUUCAAGAACCAGUAUGAACGGUUCUUGACCUUGCUCAGCGAGAAGCCGUAUCACGAUAUUAAUGAUCUGCUCGUUCUGAUAAUCUAUUUGUUGGCUCAAGACAGAAUCCUUGAAGCCAAAAAGCAUUUUGUCAGGCUGACGGCUCUUGUUGAAGAGAGGCAGCUUGAUCAGGCGAUGAAUAGUGAGGACGAAGAGCAAACAGAUGGUGCACAUCAUUUCCAGCAUAUCCAAUAUGACUACCUUCGCGCAUACCUUAGCCUUUGUGUUGAAAUUCAGACAAAUGAAGAUGAUGAAAGCGGUAGUGGGGAUGAUGUCAGCGGACUAGACCUUGACUUUACAGGUAUCUUGGAGAUUGUGGACAAGUAUCACAACUACCCAGUGCAGCGAUGGAACAAAUUAUUCAAGGAUAUGAAAGCUUAUGUCAAUGAUAUUCAGCAAUCCUGUGCUUCGGCGCUUAAAUCUGGAUCAGAAGUGGAUUCAGGCGAGGUUGAUGCCGUUGCGCCCGAAGCUUCUAUGGGCUCGACUGAAGAAUCCCUAACUGUCAAUUCUGGCAAAGCUCUUUCAGGGCUUAACAAAAAACGUCCUGCAUCAGUCUAUUUCGGAAUCGAGCCGGAUAGCCAUAUUACAAUACAUCAUUCCGGAAUUAAGGAAGUCAUUGUAGAAUACUAUGCUAUUGACGCUGAAGCAAUGUUCUCUGCCUCUCCGCUCGCGUUCGUUGAGCAGGGUGACGACGAGACGACAGCUACCGCCGCUAGCACUGGUAGUGGCACCAUUCCCAAGCCUCUCUUUGGACCACCAGCAUUUGGAUCGUUCAGUCCAUUUACUCCAGCAUAUACCAUACCUUCAUCUGUACCUUCUACAAGCGCUUCAGUAAGCUAUCGUCUGAUUAAACCUAACGGUAUUGACAAGCAUGUUGUAUCGUUUGUAUCUAAGGCUUCUGAGGAUGGAAUUGGGGUGCUCAAGGUUCCAAUCUUGGAGCACUAUCGGAAUACAAACGUGGUGGUGUCAGUGGCUACGGUCCCGCCAGCGGCGACAAAGACUUGGAAGGCAUAUCACUCUCAAAAUAUCACAGUACAAUGCCAGGAGCUGUCAGGAAUGAUCAAGGUGACGACAAAACUUGAGCAGUUGGACAGUAGUGCUAGUGGCAAUAGCUCACGCUGUCGGCCUCGGCCUCAGCCUAAGAAUCGUCCCCUUCGUGGUGGAUAUGUCAAGGUUUAUGCAGAGCUGAAGAGUAGUCAGAAUGGUCAAAAUGACACGGUGUUCUGGAAGGAUGGCUAUACAGAUCUGAUGGGCCGGUUUAAUUACUCAAAAGUAUCGGCCAAUUCUGCGAUACCACCACCACCAACGAUGAUGUUCGGUGGCGCUUUUUGCUCGGGGCCGCCUGACAGCGCAGCUAACGGGGUUAAAGGACUGGCGGACGUGAAGAGGUUCAUGGUAUUUGUAGAUGGUGGCAAGGCAGGCUGCGUCGUUAAGUCUGUUCCCGCACCAUCACUGUAA